AUGGCGUUUAUGACUGAUCUAUGGAACUCGAUCGUUGGAAUUAACGAGAAGGAAGUCACUUGGAGUGAAAUAUCCAGUUUCUACUUUGACAGUUUUAAAAAAUAUCUAUCGGUAUCGGAAAUCGAUAAGGAGGAAGUUCCUAUAGUGUUCUCGGAAGCUCAUCAGAUAUCGUUCAACAAGACUGGACAGGGACUGAAUUAUACUCCAUUGAAUUUUAUCACUAUUUACUACGUAGAUACGAGGAAAGCUGAAGUAAAAAUGCCGAGCGGCCACGUGGACCAGCCCAUUAUUGAGGAUAACAGGGAUGGCACCGUUAGCAUCCGCUACGACCCCAGAGAGGAAGGAAUCCAUGAGCUCUUCGUCAAGUACAAUGGCGAACAUGUUCAAGGAUCCCCAUAUAAGUUUACUGUUGACUCCCUCGCAUCUGGCUACGUCACCGCCUAUGGACCUGGUCUCACCAGCGGAGUGAGCGGUGAGCCUAGCCAGUUCACCAUCAGCACCAAGGGCGCUGGCGCUGGUGGCUUAUCUAUGGCCGUUGAAGGACCUAGCAAGGCUGAGAUCACAUGCCAUGACAAUAAAGACGGUACAGUAGCAGUAUCGUACCUUCCCACUGCACCUGGAGAGUACAAAGUCUCCAUCAGAUUCGGAGACAAACACAUUAAAGGAUCACCCUUCAUCGCUAAGGUGACGGGUGAAGGUCGUAAAAGGAAUCAAAUAUCCGUUGGAAGCUGCAGUGAGGUGACUCUGCCGGGCAAAGUAAGCGACAAUGAAAUCCGCAGUCUAAACGCUACAAUCCAGGCACCAUCAGGUCUAGAAGAACCUUGUUUCCUCAAGAAACUGCCAUCUGGCAACAUUGGUAUUAGCUUCACACCCCGUGAAGCUGGUCAGCAUAUUGUGUCGGUAAAGAAGAUGGGUGUGCACAUUCAGAACUCUCCCUUCAAUAUCACCGUACAGGACCAGGAAGUUGGUGACGCUAAAAAAGUUAAAGUUUCCGGCACAGCUUUGAAGGAAGGCAAAACACACGGUGAUAACACAUUCACGGUGGACACCAGAAACGCUGGAUAUGGCGGUCUAUCACUUUCCAUUGAAGGUCCUAGCAAGGCUGAGAUACAGUGCGCAGACAGCAAGGAUGGUGUCCUGGCCAUCAGCUACAAGCCCACGGAGCCAGGAUAUUAUAUUAUCAAUCUUAAGUUCGCUGACCAUCAUGUUGAGGGUUCUCCUUUCACUGUCAAGGUGACCGGUGAAGGUAGUAACAGGCAGAGAGAGAAGAUACAGAGGCAACGCGAUCCAGCCCCUCUCACUGAAGUCGGUACUAACUGCAAGCUUACAUUCAAAAUGCCAGGUAUCACGUCAUUUGAUCUGGCCGCAACGGUGACGAGCCCCGGUGGCGUCUCCGAAGAUGCGGAGAUUCAGGAGGUAGAAGAUGGUCUCUACUCCGUUCACUUUGUACCCAAAGAGUUGGGGGUACACACCGUCUCUGUUAAAUACAGGGAAAUCCACAUUCCUGGAUCUCCCUUCCAAUUCACCGUCGGUCCACUUCGGGACUCCGGCGCUCACUUAGUGAAGGCCGGAGGCACUGGCCUCGAGCGAGGCGAGGCCGGCCGCUUCAACGAGUUCAACGUGUGGACGCGCGAGGCCGGCGCUGGGCAGCUGGCCAUCUCCCUCGAAGGCCCGAGCAAGGCCGAGAUAGACUUCAAAGACAGGAAGGAUGGAUCGUGCGACGUCUCCUACAAAGUUGACGAACCCGGUGAAUACCGUAUUGGAUUGAAAUUCAACGAGCAGCAUAUCCCAGAUUCUCCUUUCAAGGUGUACAUAUCUCCGGCUGUUGGAGAUGCAUACCUGUUGGAAGUAGCCCAGUUCCCAGACGCAGCCCAAGUGGAUAAGCCUGCCCAGUUUUACAUUCGAUUCAACGGGGCUAAAGGCGAACUAAAUGCAACCGUGGUGUCACCAUCCGGCAAGACCGACGAUUGCUUCAUCCAGAACAUCGACGGUGACCAGUACUCCAUCAGGUUCAUGCCAAGAGAGAACGGCGUCCACAAUAUAAAUGUCAAGUUUAAUGGUGUCCACAUCCCUGCGUCACCCCUUAGAAUCAAGGUUGGAAAAGACGAUGCUGAUCCCGCCGCCGUUCACGCUCAUGGUCCAGGUUUAGGGACGGUCAAAACUGGUGUAAAGACGGAUCUGAUCAUUGACACAUGUAACGCCGGUGCGGGUAUACUGGCGGUCACCAUGGAUGGACCGUCGAGGGUAGCCAUGGACUGCACGGAAGUCGAAGAAGGAUAUAAGGUGCGAUACACACCGUUGGCACCUGGUUUCUACUACAUGAGUAUAAAGUACAAUGGUGCACAUAUCGUCGGCUCUCCGUUCAAGGUUGAAGCUACUGGUGCCAACCUUGCCGAGAUUGGUGCGCAGGAGACCUCAUCAGUGACAGUGGAAACAGUCCAGAAAGUCUCCAAGCAGGGACAGAAGCAAGGGCCGGUGUUGCCACACUUUAAGUCUGACGCUAGUAAAGUGGUCUCAAAAGGAAUGGGGCUUAAGAAGGCAUACCUGAAUAAACACAACCAGUUCACCGUUCACGCUGGUGAUGCGGGCAACAACAUUCUUUACGUCGGCAUCUACGGUCCUAAAGGUCCUUGUGAUGAAGUCCAACUGAAGCACAAGGGUAAGAACAACUACGAAUGCUGGUACGUCGUCAGGGACAGAGGAGACUACAUUGUCAUCGUCAAGUGGGGUGACGAGCACGUUCCUGGCUCCCCCUAUAAGGUCGAAGUCUAA